AUGAUGGCAUUAUUGCUCGUACUAUCUUUCUCCUCGCACCUCCUCGUACAUGCAGAAUUGACACUCUCCAUAGAAACCAUUUCCAUCGAAGAAUUAGCGACAAUUACUGAAAAUGUUUUCAAAGAAUCACCAUCAGCGACUACCAUGCCCUUUCACAUCAUUCAAAUUCAUUCUCCUCAAGUAGCUCUUGCUCCAAAAUUAUUCAAUUCCUAUGAUAACCAAAGUGCUCUCUCAGAAAUGAAAGAUACAAAGAGUUUGGUGGAAUUUGUUCAUGCCAAUGAACUUUUUGAUUCAAUGAGAGCAUGUUGUACGGACAAUGCGUUCCACAUGAUGGAAUCUUGGAAUUUUACUGAUUGGAAUUAUGAGGAAUGGCUCAAUGGUCAAGAAGGCAAUGGGUCUUCUAUUGUUCACAAUUUGAAACAACAAACACGUUCACAAAUGUCCAAGACUUUGACCAUUGAGAAGAAAGUUGUUUCACCAAUUGGAUUCUAUUCUAAACUUGAGAAUGAACAUUGGUUGUUGGAUACGCUUUGGGCUUUUGUGCCUAUCAUUUCACUCUCCAUGAAUCAAGUGGAUCAUUUAUUGUUGAAUUUUAAGAAUAAUUUAUUGCUGAACAGUACAAACUUUUCAACUUUUGAUCAUUUGAAAUUUGCUGAUUAUGUCCAACUGUUGCCAACCAACGGCGCAACAUCGGUCACAAUUUUGAAAACUGUGCCACAAGUCACUGAAGAAGAGUUGUGGUCACAAUUAAGCGACUCACAACAACAUCAAAUUGUCGAGGCUUUGAAGGAAGACAUUCAGACAAGUAUUUUGAAUCCAAUUCUACAUUAUCCUGCAAUGUUACAAUGCAACAUUACAAACUCCACCACGCUCAAUCAAAUGAGAGAGUAUCAUUUAGCGCUUCUUAGAAAAAGUACUGGAAUGGGCUAUAUUUCUGCUCGACAAUGGAUUACUCUCCAAGCCUAUACAUAUUUCGCUCUUCCCAUUUCAUACGUUCCCUAUAUUCCUUAUACAAACGAAUUUCUUUGGCGAGCAUUGAAGAUUCUUUAUGAACAAGAGUCGAGUGAUUUUAAGAAAAUUCUUUCACAAGAAGGUUUUGACACUUCCAAUACGUUCAACGAAACUCUGUUAAUUGCAGAAUUUGAGAAAUGGAAGAAAGACGCUCCUUCAUAUGUUUCGAGCAGAUUCAUGGACAUAUAUUGCUAUAGUUCUUAUAACAAUUAUUUGGGAAUGUUUCAUUACAACUUUUACGAUGCAUAUCAAUAUUUCAUGUUUAAAGAUGGAAUUUUAUAUUGCAUCUCAGCUCUAGCCAUCCUAUUUUAUGUUGGAUUUAUUGCAACUUUUGUUGUUCGUCGAAGAACAAAGAAUAUUGUCCUGAAAAGACGACUUUUAUUGCCAUAUGUUGGUCCUGUGUCGUUGUUUCUAUUGCCUCUCUACUUUUUAGAACCUAUUUGGAACAGACAGUACAUUGAUGUUUUUCACACAGAUGCUGCAUUCGCAUCCACAGGUAUUUACCCCAAUUUGUUCAUUUCACUAUUCUUCUCCACCUAUUGUGUGACUGUUCUGAGGUUUUAUCACUUGAAGAAUCUGUAUUGGAUCAUGAACAAAUUUGCCUCCAAGAAGUAUGUCAUUAGUGAUAGAGCUCUUCGAAUCAACAAAUUCCUCACAUCGAAAGUUAUGGCGUUUGUGUUCACUCUCAUCCUUAGUUCGGUAAUUUUUUUACUUUGGGUUCCUUAUUAUGUUUCAUGGUAUGGAGAAUCGAGAGCCAUGAUUUUCUCUGCCUACAACUUGCAAGUCGAAUUAUUGUUUCUUGUUCCGUUUUCCUCACUCAUUAUUCUACUUUCAAUUAUUUGUAUCAUUUGUUUGAUUAUUGACUUGAUUGUCAACAGAAAGAAAAUUAGACAAAAGGGUGUUGUUCAUUACUUUAUUUUUGAUGACCCUUUCUUUUUGAGAAUUGAUUUGACCAUGAUGUUGUUGACAGCUGUUGUUUCUGCACUUAUUUACAUGACAUUUUCAAGCGCGACAACCAAUGUGGUAUCAAAAGCGUUAUUUUUACUUCUUUUUAUUUUGUGUUAUUUGGUCACAGGUGGAAAUGCUAUUAUUAUUGAACUACUUCGAGGAGUUAUUGCCUUAAUUCGUGGUGGUAAAAAGGAAGAGUCAGAAUUCACGAAAAUGAUUAAUGAUCCAGAUUUUAGAAACAUUUUUAGAAUGUAUUCUGUCAACGAGCAUUCCGUCGAAAAUUUGGUGCUUUACGAACUGUUAGAAACUUUCAUGAAGAAAGGCGAACUUACAGAAGAAGAGAUGCAUGAUAUUGAUCGUAACUUCUUGAGGCCGUUCUCGCCUUUCGAGAUCAACAUGUCUUCAGAAGGAAAAAAGAAAUUUGCAGAGCUCAUGAUGAAGAAUAAGGGGACAAAAACCACAUACGCAAGUGUUGAUGAGAUUCUCAUGAAAGAAAUUUUGUUAAACAUGUCAGACACUAUUGCCAGACUCGAAAUGACUCCCGAAUACAUGGAUUGGUUAAAGACCAAGCAACUUAAAGGAGAUAUUGAACUCGGGUUUGAGAACAAGUAA